AUGAUUGUCAGCACUGGUGCGGUGCAGCAGCUCCCCUCAGUCCCUGAGGGCAGGACGGCUCUCAAGGAUUGCCCGAGGACGAUACCCAACGUCGUUCGAUUGCUGAUGAGGGUGUCCGAGGCCUGCACGCAGCGCGCCCUGUCGAUGCUGUGGGUGGUGUGCAGGAUGGUGCCUGAGGAGUCCGCGCCCACUGCCCUGGAGGUCGGACUGGCCGCCAAGCUUCUGCUGGUGAUUCAAAGCGGGUGCGGGCCGGAGCUGAAGCAGCAAGCCUCGGAGUUGCUCAAGCUUUGCACCAUGCACUGCAUGUCCACCGUCUUCCUCGUGAAAUGCAAGCUCACCAAGACAAUUCAGUGA